UGAUAUAACUUUCAUUAAGUUUGUGUUUCAACAGGGUUAAGUAAUAUGUUUGCUAAGUUAUUUGGUUGGUGGGGGUCUAGUUGGGUGACAACAUGUUUAUUGGGGUUGCUCACCCUUGUUAUAUUGGUGUAUUAUUACUGGUGGAAGUUACCCCACCCCCGAUACCCACCUGGAGUGAGGGGAAUACCCGUGAUGGGGGCUUUGCCCUUACUGGGUAAGUUCGCCCACAAAGUCAUCAUGCGUUGGUCACAUGAGAAAUAUGGUCCUGUUAUGUCAGUGAGGUUCGGACCGAGUGACUCGGUGGUUUUGAACGAUUAUGAAUCUGUUUAUGAGGCUCUUGUCAAGCAAGGUCCAGCCUUCCUGACAAGACCAAACAUAGAAUUGAUAAAUUCUUACUCCAAUGGUUACGGGUUUGGUUUUGCUGAAGGAAACAAGAAAUACAUGGAGGUUCGACAUUUUACACUAAAGGCAUUACGUGGGUUUGGGAUUGGAGGUCGUGUAAUGGAGGAGCGAGUGUCAGAGGUUGCGCAAGAUCUUGUUCAAUCUCUUCAAGAAUUGGAUGGAAAACCAACAAACUUUAGGAUGAUUGUCGGAACAACAGUUUCAAACGUAAUCGCGAGCAUCGUCCUCGGGAAGAAGUUUCAUCCAAAAGACGAAGACUUUCAACGCCAUGUACAACUAAUCUUUGACAGUUUUGGUGACGAAGAAACUGCAAGUUACAUUCUAGUAUUGAUGUAUUUUCCAUUGUUACGUCAUAUUCCACCAUUCAAGAACGCCUGCAAGAAGUUUGUUGAUGUUCAUUUCAAACAAUUUGAUUUUUGUCGCAAAGAGAUUUUGGAACACAAGAAGAACCUUGAUGAGAACGAACCCGGGGAUUACAUUGAUGCUUUUCUUGUGGAGAUGAAGAAACAUUCACCUCAAGAUUCAUGGUUUCAUGACGAAUCACUCAUGGUCUGCGUGGCUGAUCUAUUUCUUGCCGGCACAGAAACGAGCACAAGUACAAUAAUGUGGGGGGUGGUUGUGCUUAUUAACUAUCCAGAGAUACAAGAGAAACUUCAUCAAGAAAUAACCAAUACAACAGGUGAAGCGCUGCCAAGCUUAAACCAUAGGGAUGAUCUUCCGUUGCUUCAAGCUUUCAUUCAAGAAGUUUAUCGAUGCAUGACCCUCGUACCAUUGGGUGUUCAGCACCAAACUACUAAGGAUGUAGAGAUUAGUGGUUAUUGUAUCCCUAAAGAUACUGUGGUUUUCACAAACAUUGAUGCCGUUCACCACGAUCCAAAUAUCUGGAAGAAUCCGAGCGAGUUUAACAUUUAUCGUCACAUCGAUAAAGACGGGAAGUUCAUUCCUUCCAAGAAAGUGAUCCCGUUUGGAAUCGGAUGCAGAUCGUGUCUUGGUGAAAAGUUGGCGAGGAUUGAGAUCUUCCUCUUCCUUGCCAACAUUAUCAAGAGGUUCAAGGUCCUCCCUGAUCCUGAGAGCCAAGAUCUUCCUCCAAUGGACGACGGGAUCACUGGGUUCGGUUUCUUCCCGUUUCCCUUCAAAGCUGUCGUCCUUCCACGGAAAAAUGAAGAAAUUCCUGAAUAACUACUUUAAACAGAAAGAUACAAGAACAACCAAGCAACCCCAAAACAUUUAAACCAAGGGAAGAGGAUAUUCCCCAAAUCUAACUUUUUGCUUAUAAAGUUUACUGAUUAAUGCAGUGUAAAUAUUUUUAGUGUAGACUUGCCCACCCUGCCACCUCAACGUUGUCGCCUAUGCAUACCAGUAUUAUUUUACUACCCUCAUUUAUUACUGAUUGCUUUGUUGUUCAUCUGCUACCACAUAUUGCACUAAAUAAAUAACACCAUAUGCCUCUACUCUACUUUCCUGCACUUGUUGUAUAAACUGUCAAUUUACCUCCCCCGUAUUUUCGUUGCCCCACUAUCAUGGUAUAACUGCAAUCGAGGAAACAAAAUAUAUUUGUUUUGAUACCAA